AUGGCCAUUCGCCAUGUUGACUUUGAUAUGAACGAGCUAGCAAAGUGCGCUGCUAUGUCGAUAGGCCUUGAUCCUACGCAAUGUGUCCGAGUAGACAAGUUUCCAGAUGGAAUGUUCAACAAGACAUUUCUUCUCACCAUGGACAAUGGCGCACAGGUUGUAGGCAAGGUUCCAAAUCCGAAUGCAGGAAGGGCUCAUUUCACAACUGCGAGCGAAGUGGCAACGAUGGAUUUUGUCAGGAAUAAGUUGGGGGCGCCGGUGCCGAAAGUACUGGCGUGGAACUCAAAAGCAAGCAACAGCCCGGUUGGAGCUGAGUAUAUAAUCAUGGAAAAGGUUAUGGGAGUGCCGCUGGAAAGCAUCUGGCCAAAAAUGGAUAUUAAGGAGAGGUUUGAACUCGUCAAAACGAUUUCUGGGUAUCAGAAAUCUUGGAUGUCGGCAUCAUUCCCCCAAUACGGCAGUCUGUACUACUCAUCUGACCUAGUCAACUGUGACGAAUGCACUCUCUUCGAGGCGGGCGUGGACAGAUCCAGAGUCACGGCGCCUGGUUUCUCUAUCGGUCCAUCAACAGGGCGGGAAUUCCUCGAUGAUGGAAGGAUUGCAUUAGAGUUCGAUCGAGGCCCUUGGAAUUCUGUGGAAGACUAUAAAUCUGCGAUUGGUUAUCGAGAAAUUGCCUGUGUACAGAAUAUGUCUGAAUUACCCAGGUCACCAGUGUCACUGUACGGCCCAGGCACAUAUAGACCAUCUCGUUCCCGGAAAAUAGCUGCACUUGAAGGCUAUCUUUGUCUGCUAAAGUACUUGCUUCCAUUAGAUCGAUCACUUUCGUCUUCCUACUUGUGGCACCCAGAUCUUCAUGCUGAGAAUAUUUUCGUCAACCCCGAGAGGCCAUCAGAGGUAUUAGGGAUCAUUGACUGGCAGUCUAGCGAACUAUUACCACUCUUUGAUCAAGCGCGUGUACCUUAUUUUCUUGACUUUGAUGGGCCAAUCUCAGACAGCCUCAGCCCGCCCCAACUCCCGGCUGAUUAUGACAAGCUUGAUCCCGUGGAACAAGACGAGGCCAAGUCUCUCUACCUAACGACGUCUCUAUUCACCCUAUACCGAAAGUUUACCCUCGCAAAGAACAAACCACUCUUCAACGCCAUGGGGUUUCGGCGCUCUACAAAUUUUGAUAUGAUGCUGUUAGCUCAGAAUCUCCUUGUCGACAGGGAAGCCUUAUAUAUUUCUAUGAUCCUUCAACUGCAGGAUGAAUGGUCCUGCUUACCAGGUGUCUCGAGCUCCGGAAACCCUCCUUUUCCUAUUCAAUUCUCUGCAGAUGAAGCCGCCUCUAUUGACGAGGAUGCCUCUGGUGCGAUCAAAGCCAUGGAAUUGAUGCGCCAGUUGAAAGAGUCAUUGGGCGACCUAUGGCCUGAGAAAGGUGUUGUGCGGCCCGACCAGUACAAUCAAACCCAGGAGCGCCUGGAACAGGCCAAGACAGAAUUCAUCGAUCGAGUCGCGCGCUCGGCAGCUGAACGAGCUGCAUGGGAAGAUGCCUGGCCGUUUGACAAGUAA